AUGGAGCCCAUUUUAAAACCUUUGAAAGACCCGAAACCAAUAGCAGCUCGAUUUGACGAGGACGGUUUGCGGCGCUUCUUGGCAAGAGUUAGCGUUGGAGAUGGCCAAGCAAUAGAUGAACUUAUUUCAACUAAACUACUCGAAGGAAUAACGACCAAAGGUCUGUUUGAGUUUGCUCAAAAUGUUGAACUUAUGCCAGAUGUGUUAACUGUAUUAGAAAAUCUCAAAGACAAG